CAUAUGGGAGCUCUCAGUCGCACUCACUCUUUCUCAUAAACCGACUCAACAAAUCAGCACAUCUCGCCUUAGGUAGUUUAACACGGGAUUCGAACUAUCACUCAAGUCAACUCGAUUAAGUCAGCCAGCCGCAAGACAUCAAUAUCUCACGCUUGAAAGAACUUCACAUCUGAAUUCUCUGCUCCCACCUCUACCCCAUCUCAUCUGAGAGAGCCUCAAAACAUCAUGCCCAUCACAAUCCUAACCCCCAAACCCUCCCGACCGAUCAACGACCGCGAAGAAGAUGUCUCCGACACCUCUUCGAUAUCAGACUCCGAGUCCGGCGGCGUCGAUCUAGACGGCGACCUGCCCAUGACAAGCCGCCCUCACAAACGCGCGCGCAUCACCACCAUCACCACCACCACCACGACUUCCUCCGUCUCCGCCUCUGGAGGCGACAUAGUCACCCCGGGCGAACUCAUAACCGACGACCCGCAAUGGAUGCGCGGCCACGGCACCUACGUGACUCCCGGCACGACCUCCAUCGUCUCCUCGGUCGCGGGGACCAUCAGCCGCACGAACAAGCUGCUCUCGGUGCGGCCGCUACGCGCGCGCUACACGCCCGAGGUCGGCGACCUCGUGGUGGGGCGCAUCGUCGAGGUCCAGGCCAAGCGGUGGCGCGUCGAUGUCGGGUCGACCCAGCUUGCCGCCCUGCCGCUCAGCGCCAUCAACCUGCCCGGCGGCAUCCUGCGGAAGCGGACCGAGACGGACGAGCUGCAGAUCCGGACCUUUUUCGCCGAGGGGGACUUGCUCGUCGCCGAGGUGCAGCAGUUGUUUGGCGACGGCGGCGCGGUGCUGCACACGCGGUCGCUGAAGUACGGCAAGCUGCGGAACGGCGUCUUUGUCGCCGUUAGUGGGAUGGGCGGCGGGGGAGGCGUGGUCAGGAGUCGGCGGCAGGUGUGGACGAUGGAUGCGGCGAAUGGCGGGGGCCAGAUUGACGUUGUGCUUGGGGUGAACGGCUAUGUUUGGAUUAGCAAGCAUGUUGAGACGCCCGAGGCCGAGAAUAAGGCGGCGGGUAUCACGAAUAUGGAGGAGAGCGUCAGCACGACCAUGUACUCGAGCCAGAACGAUCGGAUUGAGGUGGAGACUAUGAGGGAGAUUGCGAGGUUACGGGGAGUUGUGACGGCACUGGUAGAAAACGGGCUACGUGUGGAUGAGGAUAUGGUUGUGAGGGGCUAUCACGAGGCGGUUGAGAUGGCCAUGGUGUCGGCGGAGGGCGCGGACGACAUCUAUCUCGGCGGAGAGAGGGGGGAGCAGCUGGCUGCAGCUCUUACGGGGCAAUGAUGAUCAGGAUUCCUAAGUUAGAGAAAACAAGCGGAUAUCUGACAAAGGAGAGCACCGUAUACUCGGUGGGAAGUCCCUGAAUGUGAGCUGCCGCAGCCCGAUCCGUUACUUCCGAUUACUUGACAUGAAGAAGAGGGCCUACGCAUGCCCUUGGUAUCUCUUGGAUCGAAGAAUAAACGAGAUGAUAUGGUGAAACCGCACGAAUAA